AUGAUUGAUUUUCAAUCAGCUGAGAGGCAGAGAUUUGACGAACCUGCAUCUGAAAUUGGUCUAGAACCUCUAUGUGCCAUGAUUAACAACAAUCUGCGUUGCUAUGAUCUUGCGAUGGAGCUGAGCACCAGCACAAUAGAAGCUCUUCCUCAGAGCUAUGCAGAGCAGGUCAAUUUUGAAGACACUUGUAAAGGUUUUCUGGAGGUUGCAAAGGAAGCUGUGCAUCAAACCGUUAGUGUUAUCUUUGAAGAUCCUGGAGUGCAGGAGUUACUCGUCAAGCUGUAUCAUAAAGAUUGGUUGGAAGGACAGGUUACAGAGUACCUUGUUGCCACAUUUGGUGAUUAUUUUACCGAUGUGAAGAUGUACAUUGAAGAACGAUCAUUUAGGCGUUUUGUUGAGGCUUGCCUGGAGGAAACUGUUGUUGUUUAUGUUGAUCAUCUACUCAUCCAGAAAAAUUACAUCAAGGAAGAAACGAUUGAGAGGAUGAGGUUGGAUGAAGAGGUUCUAAUGGAUUUCUUUAGGGAAUAUAUUACUGUUUCUAAAGUUGAAAACAGAGUACGGAUACUAAGUGACUUGAGAGAUCUUGCUUCAGCUGAGAGCCCGGAUUCUUUCACGCUUGUUUAUACAAAUAUCCUUGAACAUCAACCAAACUGUCCUGUAAGUGCCAUUGAACACUGCAAACUGCUGCCAGAGGUAGUUGAAAAAAUUGUGGGACUGCGAGAAGGCAUACCACGGAAGGAUGCGAAGGAGGUUGUACAAGAAUGCAAAGACAUUUAUGAGCAUUCUCUCGUCGAUGGAAAUCCCUCCAAGACAGGGUUUGUUUUUUCCAAGGUGAAGUGCCUAUCAGCUUCCAAAGUUUCUCUAUGGCGAAAGCUGACUUAG